UUGCCCUCUGUUGAAGGAUUUACUUCCGGGCACACGGUCCACCCGCUCGCUCGUCGAAAUCAAAAUGUAUGAACUGGAUAUUUUUCCGCGUUUCAAGAUAAUGCAAUAAUUUACGACGACUUCUGCUGUUUUAACUAUAGAUAUAUAUUUUUGUUGUUGUUUGCUCGUGUGCAUUUACUUACUACUAUCCGUGAAAGAGACUUUUCUUACCGCUGGUUAAAGAAGAUGUCUGCGGAAGAGGCGGCAGACAAAACAACCCCGGCGGACGCGAGUGCGGGAGAUGGCGGAGACGAGGAAGAAGAGUGGCUCUACGGAGAUGAUGAUGAGAGAGCUGAUGAAGAAGAGGCCAAACUAUCCGCCGCUGUCAGUGCACCUAUUCCUGCUACUGAGUCAGAUGAGGCAGCUACUACAGGCAACGGAGUGGAAGCUCAGGAGAAGGAGCCAGGAGAUGAUGAAGACAGUGAUAGCGACAGCGACGAUGAUGACGAUGAUGUUCGUGUCACCAUCGGAGACAUCAAGACCGGAGCCCCGCAGUACACAACGUAUGGCGUGGCUCCUGUUAACCUGAACAUAAAGACAGCGGGAGCCAGACCCUAUGGAACAGGAAACAAGUUGAAGGGUGUGGAUCUGGAGGCCCCAGGAAACAUCAAUGGAGUCCCAGUAGUGGAGGUGGACAUGGAGACGUUCGAGGAGAAACCCUGGAGGAAACCAGGUGCUGACCUGUCUGACUACUUUAACUAUGGGUUCAACGAGGACACGUGGAAGGGCUACUGUGACAAACAGAAGAGGCUGAGGAUGGGCCUGGAGGUCGUCAACAUCUCCUCCACCACCAGCAAAAUCACUGUUCAGCAGGGCAGGACGGGGAAUGAGAAGGAAGUGAGUUUACCCAUCCACACGUCCAAACCUGACUUCCCCACUCCAGCCAGCCUCUACAAGUCAUCCAUGAAUAUGAACACUACCAGGAUCUCCCCCCACAGUGGACUGCUCCCCCGUCCAGGACAUGUCCUACUAUACGAAGACCAGUGGUACGAUCGACUGAUUGGAGGAGGGACUGCUACCAUCAGCAGAGUGUCUGGUCUCAGUAUCUGA